CGCCGAUUGGCGCGUGAUCGUCUUUUGUCUUCUGGAUUUGGAGGGAGUCGUUAGAUUUCUAAUAAACUCGAAGUGAUGCUGGAGCGAUGAAUCUUCAGUCUCCGGGACACGGGCAGCGCCCACCGAGGUACUCCCCCCAGGAAACCAUCAAGAUCUAUACCGACUGGGCGAAUCACUACCUCGAGCGCGGUGGCUGCAAAAGGCGGGUCAGUGACCUUCAAACCGACCUCUGCGACGGUGUCCUGCUGGCAGAUCUUGUCGAGGCUGUCACCAAUCAAAAGGUGAUAGACAUCAACCGGAAGCCCAAGAACGCUCAGCAAAUGAUUGAGAACGUCAGUUUGUGUGUCGGCGCGCUGCGUGCACUUGGUGCGGAUGUCGGUGCAGUUAAUCCUGGUGAAUUAUCAACUGGCACUACUCUUCGCCCUGUACUGGCAUUACUCUUUGCCCUUUCGCGGCACAAACAGAGAGCCAAACAACUUCAGGACAUGCCUAGGGGGUCUGAAGCACGGAAACGGUGGUAUCCCGAGUGCAAGCAGUUCUAGAAGUACGAGCCCAAGUCAACAACAUUCACCGCAGGGUCUCUCCUUCAUCCCUCAACCGCGAACCCAGGGUAAUACCAACAGACAGCCCCCAGCGACAACACCAAGCCCGAGAGCUUCGACAGUUGGUCGGCCAGGUGGUGGUCUUCGUGCACCCCAGCCAUCCCCUUACACUGCUGCACCACCCCCUCAGCAGCAAAACAAGAACUCAGUCCUCGACAAGUUCAAACUCUUCAACAAUAAAGAUAAAAAUCAGGACCGAGGGAAAGCGUCGUCCGGUGUAUCAAAACGCACAUCGAGUUCUUCUGGUUUUUCAUCAGCUCGUUCUGAACAUUCUGAUAGCUCGACGUCCCUCUGUGAUCAAGGGAAAGCCGUGGAAUCGCCAAAGACACGAGCCCUAAAAUCAAAACUUCAGACGAAACCGACAAAACAAUCGAGUCCUAAAUCUGGCCGAAAAGAUCAGACGAAGGCUCAGAGUAAGAUUGCGAGGAACAAAGGACCCGAGAAAACACCCUACACUCUCCCAGUGGAGGAGCCAAAAUCCAGUAAAAUAGCGAUUGGUCCAAAAAUAUCAGAGAAGAAACCAAGCAAUCUCGAGGCUAUAAAACAUUCGACAAAUCCUCAAAAGCAAAAUUCUGUUCUUCUUCCCCCUGGCCAUCAGAAACCAGUAAUCCAAGAUCAGAAGAUAGUGACUAGUGCAAAAAGUAAUGACCAAAAAUCUAUACAAAGGCCGAAGAUGGAAUUACCUGGUAAGACACCAGAUCCAAAGAUUCAGAAUGUUAAAGUACCACCCAACGGUCUCCACAAAGAUGUGAUAGCUGCCAAAGGUCUUCCAGGGUGCAACGGAUUGAUUAAGCUACCGAAUUUGAGCCCAACUCAGGAAAAUCCACCGAGCAUAGACAAAACAAUGAGCAUGAAUCAGGUCAACACCAAUCACAACGAAGCAAAGUGUAAUAAUGAGGUUCAAAAAGUCAAGGAUUUGGAGAGUGAUCUGAAUAACAUGAAGAGCACAUUGGAGGAACUCGAAGAAGACACUAAGCCAUACGAUAAUCAUAUCAGGAGUGACCGGAGUCCAAACGAGAAUAACUUAAACUCGAGGAAUCACCAGUCUUCCAUUGAAAAUAUUCAUAUCAACGAUAAUGACAAUAGUCAAUGCAAUCUCGAUGGAUCAACUGGGCUGAAUAAACAUCAGUCCCCUAUGAAUCCACCGUGUCCAUUACCAGGGCCUAAUGGCACCGCUCAAACAGCACCUGGUGUCAGCCCAGGCUCUAGCAUUCCAAAGCCAACAGCACUUGUCAAAGGUACGACAAAACCACCGAAAGAAAUCAAUCCCCUGAGCAUACCAACAGCCGCUAAAUUGAAGGGCGAUGUGUUACACAGAAAAUUGGAUCCAAAUACAGUGGCAAUGGUGUCACCAAUGCCAAGCAUAUCAGAUCUCAUGUCUGAGAGUUCACAUAGUAACUCAAACAGCACGGGCCAGAGUAAUUCGAGUGACAGCAGUGUUAUAUAUAGACCCAGCAGUGAGAGCGGAAGCGAGAUUAAAACUAUACCCAAUAGGAAAAUCGAUACCACCUUCGAGCAGAUGGAGAAGGUUUUGGCUGAGAGCUGUGGUGGCGGUACCGUUCCUGAAGACGAGGCAGAAAUGAACGUAAAACCAAUGCAACCACUUUUACGUGGUUACACACCGAGUGCACGAUGUCUGCAAACAUUACCAUCACGUACCACUGGUAGACAGUACACGAUACUACACUCGUCGUCGCAUCAUCACGUUGCCCAGGAUUACUCGGACAUUGACAUUGCAUCAGGUUAUUUAAGCGAUGGCGAAGUGCUGAGGGGCGGUGGAAUUAAUGUUGGCAGCCGGGCAUUAUCGGAUUUGUGCGAUGGUUAUAUGUCCGAGGGCGGUGCAUCACUCUACGCAAGGCGAAUCAAUCCGUCUUAUGGGCAUGACCAUGACAAGUACGUAGGCGGAUCCAGACGAGAAUUAACGGGGGUGAAGGAGCUGGUAAACACAAGACGAUCACAGAAGAAUAGACAUCUAUCGUCUAGUUUGACCAGGGAUGGAAAUCAGGCCAGUGGACUCUUAGGCAGUUGCAGUGGUGGCAGUGACGCACUGGCUGAACUUACUAUUGAGGACCUGGCAGCCAUACCCACUGGCAAUCACUCAACUCAUCAUUCAGGUCAUCCUUCCCAUCAUAAGAGGGUGCCAGGUGGUGGGAGUGUGGUGGUGGGGGGUGGCGUGAACAGUGGAUCGGCCACCCCCCAAGGUACACAGGCAAACAACCUAGUUUACCGUGUCGUCAGCUCGAGGCACCCUGGACACCAUCCCCACGUGAAAAAAUCAGACAGUUCUCAGCAGACAGAGAGCACAGCGUUCAAGCAGCAACAGCCCAGCAACAACUGCACCUCCUCGAAUAGCAGCAACAGCCAACAAUGGAAGAAAUAUAUCGAGGCUGGAGCCGCAAGGGAACGAGACAAGGAAACAACACCAUCCAGUCCUAGUCCCUCUCGACGAUCUCAGGAGAAACACAGGAAGCAGACAAUGGCGGAAUACGCGAACGGUGAAAAACCUCAAAAAGUUUCGUCCGGUACCUCGACAGGCAGUAGUAGUAACAAGGUCAGGGGUGUGCCUCAGAGCUUUGGGUAUGUCAAGAGACACAGUGCUGGAACUUCCCCUAGCCCUAAUGGAGUACAGAAUGGCAGCAAAGAAGGUACUAGAACUGCACAGGUCAGCGCGGUAAAAAUUGCUGUUUUUGUAUUGGUUCACUCGAUUAAAUGGAGAAAAAAACAAAAGAUUAAUGGAAUUUCCAUGGAUGACUUCCUUAUAGGAAUGGGUCUCUGCGAGGCGGACAGCAUUGAAUCUUUGGGAUCCCAUCGAACGAGUUUGACCCACGCUCUUCUAUUAAAACACCAGCGAGAUUCAACAGGCUCCCCAGCACCACCAAGGCUCAAUAGAAGCAAUUCCAUCAGGUGA